AACAAAGGAGGCUGCAGGAAGAACUGCUGAACUGCUUCCAAACCCCACGACUUUUACCUCUUCUGGUUGGAAUAUACAGAUGUCAGAAGACAAGACAGACAAGGUAAAAAUCAGAGCAACUGAAAGCUUUCAAAAUGACAAGCAAAAUAUCCCUUGGUUGAAUGAAGAAUUGGCCAGUCCUAUCUUACAGCCUCUUGGAGACUCAGAUAACCAGCUUACAAGUGAAAAACAUAAAGACAAGAAACCUAUGAAAGGUAUUAUGAGUUCAGUGUCGGAAUUCAGCAUCACAGACGCUCCAUCCAAGGACACCAAAAAUGAGAAGAAAUUGUCAGACUCUAGUACAUCAUCAUUAUCUUCCCUUGAGAAGUGCAGGACACAAUUCACCUACAUCGAAAAUGAUGCAUCAGUUCAUCAGAGAGACAGUGAUGAUGAAUGUGCAUCUCUUAUCCUGGCCUGCUUGUUCUGCCAAUUUUGGGACUUUCUUAUAAUGCUGCCUAAUACCUGUGAAAAUUGGUUGAUAAAUAUGUGCUGUCCGUCCUAUAGAUAUCACCAUACCUCCAGCGAAAACCACUCCAACAAUGACUGUAACUGUGACUGUGACAUUGAUUGCAGCAUUUUUGAAUCCUGUCACGAAACCAGUGAAUGUCUGGAACUUGCCUUGGAGAUUUCUGAAGUCUGUUAUCGCUAAUAGGAAACAAUUGACAGAAUUCCCACAAACUGUCUGAAUGGAAACUGACACAGUAAAAAGGAUAUAAGAUUUUUUAAAUAAUUGGAGUGUUUGCUAACCAGGGCUGUGUGCAUUCUCUGAUGUCCCUUUGGAAGAAC